AUGGCAGGGCACGGCGCCAGCCUGCUCCUGCUCCUGGGUCUCAUGCCAGCCAGCGUGACAGGUGCCGUUCUCUCCCCAGCUCUCCUCCUGGCCGUCAGGAUCAACGGCAAGGGCCGGGAGGUGCUGUACCUGGCCAAGGGUGACUCGGUGAAACUGGGCUGCCCCUACGUCCUUGAACCCGAAGACAACGGUCCCCAGGGUGUGGGCAUCGAGUGGAUCCAGAUCACACCCGAGCGGACCGGCCCCGAGAAUGUGUUCCUGUCCUACCACGACCACCACGUCAACUACGGCAGCGGCUCGGGGCUGCAGGACCGGGUGACCUUCGUGCAGAGUGACCCCAGCCAGUACGAUGCCUCCAUCCGCCUGGCCGACCUGCAGGUUUCCGACACUGGCACCUACCAGUGCCGGGUAAAGAAAAACACCGUGGCCGUGCAUGAAGUCAUUGUCACUGUGCAAGAGAAGCCGGCCACCCCGCAGUGCUGGACCGAGGGGGAGCUGAUAGAGGGGAGCAGCAUCCUGCUGCGGUGCUACAGCCGGGGGGGCACCUCUCCGCUUGCCUACCAGUGGGCCAAGUUGGCUGACGGCUACGGCGGGGGACGCCUGCCCCACGGCAGCAUCCAAGGACGAGCUCCUGGCGACCUGAUAAUCCGUAGCCUGUCGGAGGUGCACGCUGGCAUCUACCAGUGCCGCGUCACCAACCGCGUGGGCUACUCUGUGUGCCAGAUCAACCUCAGCCUUGCGCCAAGAGGAAGGCAAGCGGGCAUCAUCGUGGGCUCCAUCCUGGGCUCCCUCCUGCUCCUCAGUCUGCUCGGGCUCCUCAUCUGGGCACUGAUCUGCCGCUACCGUCGGAAGGAGUGCCAGCGCGCCUGCAGCGACUGCAGGAGCAGCACAGGCGGCACCAUGACCCGCACCUGCAACGUCUGCGCCCACCACAGCUACUCACCCCACGGCAUCAGCUACAUGCAGUGCCAGCAUGGCGAUGGCGAUGAGCGGGCAGCUGCCCUCAUGUGCAACGAGGGCAUCCGGCACCAGGUCGCCUGUCCAGCGCUGUAACCUCCCCCACCCGCCCCCCAUUCGGCUCCACUGGGGGGGGAGCGACCACGAGCCCAGAGCCGGUGGCACCACCGGGAUCCGGUGCCAAACGGCGCAGGGCUGCGCUGCCGGGGCUUGCUGUGCAAAUUGAAGUCAGGAAUCCAGCUCCCUCCUCCCUCCCGAAACGGCCCCGGCUUCCAGCAAACUUCGUUUGGGUUCAUCAGUUCGUUUUCUUGGGUUUGGUUUUUUGUUUUGGCCCCUUUUUUGUAUGUCCCCCCCCAAGGCACAGCCUGGCUCUCGGGGCAGCCCCCAGCCCCGCUCCCGGAGGCAUCCCUUGCUAGUGCAGUAAUAUUUAUUUCUCUCUGGCCCGUCCCCUCGGCAGCGAGCAGGGACGCGGCAGCCCCGAAUCGCCCAAACCGGCUGCCCGGCAGCCUUCUGCCUCCGGCCCGGCGCCCCGGCGCCCCCGCAUUGGCUUUAGCAAUUGGGUGUUAUUCGAGAUGAGAUGCCAUUGGCACCAGGAUUUGCAGUUUGGAACAAGAAACAAAAAAAAAAAAAAAAGAAAAAAGAAAAGAAAUAAACUAAAGUGAAUUCAGCGCUGUCCUGUCAUCUCGCCUCGCCCCAGCUGGGCAGCCCCGGCACCGUGCUCAGGAAGGUCCCGGGGAGUCAGCGGCACCAGUUCACCGGAGUGGCGGAGGAAAGCGCAUCCUGGGAUGGGUCACUAAUGCCACGGCAGCGGCAGGGCACCCAGCACCCAUCCUGGCAUCCUCAUGCAGACGCUGCUGACACAACCCCGCAGCACCCAUGGGUGCUUUCUGGGGCUGCUGCCAAGGCACGCUGCCACGCAGCCGCGGGUGCCCCACGCCGGCUGGGACGCCGGGCGAGCUGGGAUGCGCCGGGGAGCCGUCGCCUGGGGACUGCGGUCAGGUCUGGUGGAGACAGUGGAGCAGCCACCGCAGCCCCCAAGCCCCCUGCAGCGGCGGGGGGUCCUCCAAGAGGGAGUGCAGGGGGACGCAAAGGUGUCUAGACCCAGGAUGUCCUAACCCCAGCCUUAAUCCUAACCCUAAUGCGAUGAUGCCCAUAAUCCUAAACUUAACCCCAGCCUGACUCUUGCCCUAAACCUGACCCUGACAAUAACCCACACCUUAACCUUCACCCUGACCCCAGCUCGGACCCUAGCACUAACAUUACACCUCACAUCAGUCCUAACC